AUGAAGUACCUGAAGCCGUGGUGGUCGGACGGCGGUAGCCUCCUGCACCUCACCAUCCUGCUGAGCUUGGCGGGGCUUCGCCUGGACCUGGACCUCUACCUGCUGCUCCCGCCGCGGACCCUGCUCGGAGAUGUGCGUCUGCUCCCGGGCGGCCCGACGAGCCCUGCCUACGCGCUCAGCCCCUUCCCGGCCUCGGGAGGGUGGAUGCGCGCCGAGCUCCUGCACCGCAAGGGCCGGGAGCGGGACCCCGUGGCGCCGCCGGAGGGCCAGCUGCUCCGGGAGGUGCGCGCGCUGGGGGUCCCUUUCAUCCCCUGCACCCGAGUGGACGCGUGGCUGGUGCACAGCGUGGCUGCCGGGGACGCCGACGGAGCCCACGCGCUGCUUGGCGCCGCCGCCGCCUCUUCGGCCGGAGGAGUGGGCGCCGGCGUGAACGGCGUUAGCCAGGCGGCGCCGGGUAGCGGCGGGAAUCCCAGAGCGGCUCCGAGUAGCCCCUUGGCCGCCGGGGAGGAGGAGAAGGCUCCCGCGGAACCGACGGCUCAAGUGUCGGACGCCGGCGGACACGCGAGCGAGGAGAAUGAGGUACUAAGAGCUGUGGAUCACAGUUCCCAGCAUGAGGAAAAUGAGCAAAGAUCAUCAACCCAGAGGGAGAAAUCACUACAGCAGAAUGAAGAUGAAAAUAAAGUAGCAGAUAAACCUGCCUGGGAGGCAGAAAAGACCACUGAACCUCGAAACGAGAGACAUCGAAACGGAACAGACACAUCUUUCUCUCUGGAAGACUUACUUCAGUUGCUUUCAUCACAGCCUGAAAAUCCACUGGAGGGCAUCUCACUGGGAGACAGUCCUCUCCCAGGAAGUAUCAAUGAUGGCAUGAAUUCUCCUACACAUUAUAAUGCAAACUUUAGCCAGGCUGUAAGUCACGAUGUAAAUCUCCAUGAGGCCAUGUUGUUGUGUCCUGACAAUACAUUUAGAAGGGAUCCAGUAGCAAGGACUUCACAGCCACAAGAACUGUUUCUGCAAUUAAAUUCUCCUCUUACCAAUCCUGAACAGACCCUUUCUGGAACUAAUUUGACAGGAUUUCUGAAUCUAACAAACCAAGACCUUCUGUAUGACCUUGAUAUAAACAUACUUGAUGAGAUAAAUUUAAUGUCUUUGGCCACAGAAGGUUUUGAUCCAAUGGAAGUUUCUCAGCUUUUUGAAGAACCAGAUUCUGAUUCUGGGCUUUCCUUAAAUUCAAGCCACAAUAGCACCUCUGUCACCAAGUCUAACUCCUCACGCUCUACAUGUGAAGGUGCUUCACGUUCUAGUAGUGACCUUGAAUCUCUUUCCCACCGUGACUUAGAAGGGGCUGUAGGAGGCUGCUACCUAGAGUCCACUAAACUUUGUCACAUGGAUCACAGGACCAACUCUCAUUUUCACGGGGACCUUGCAUUUCAACCCAUAUUACAUAAUCACACUUACCACUUACAGCCAAGUGCACUAGAAUCCACUUAUGGACCUUUUUCAUGGCCUGGGAAGUCACAGAAAAUAAGGCGUGGGUACCUCAAUGACACAGACAGAAACUUAAGCCGUGAUGAACUGCGUGCUAAAGCUCUGCACAUCCCUUUUUCUGUGGAUGAAAUUGUCCAGAUGCCUGUAGAUUCUUUCAACAGCAUGCUAAGCAGGUACUAUCUGACAGAUUUUCAAGUGUCACUCAUCCGUGAUAUUAGACGAAGAGGGAAAAAUAAAGUUGCUGCUCAAAACUGCCGUAGGCGCAAAUUGGAUGUAAUUUUGAAUCUGGAAGAUGAUGUAUGUAACUUGCAAGCAAAGAAGGAAACCCUUAAGAGAGAGCGAUCCCAGUGUCACAAAGCUAUAAAUAUAAUGAAACAGAAACUGCAUGAUCUCUAUCAUGAUGUUUUUAGUAGGUUAAGAGAUGAUGAAGGUAGGCCAGUCAAUCCAAACCAGUAUGCUCUUCAGUGCAGCCGUGAUGGAAGUGUUUUGAUUGUACCCAAGGAAUUGGUGAUCCCAGGCCAAAAAAAGGAAAAUCAAAAAGGAAAACGAAAAAGUGAGAGAAGAAAUUGAAGAUGGAUUCCAUCCAUAUGCAUAAAGUCGUAAUGUUCAGAAACUGAUCAAAAACCAUUUGAAAUCUGCUUCAAAGUUUAGCUCAAGUGUUCUCUGCUACUUGAAUCACACAGUUAAGGCUACAUUUUUGAAGCUUAUACUGACCAGUUUAGGACUUCAAUAUCAGACUUGGGGGGCCGAAGCCACAAUGUUUCAUGAACUCCUUAGUAUACAGAAACAGAGUGACGUGAAAACUUGGUAACUGUCUGUCACUAGCCAUUUCUUAGUAAGAUGGUCGCUUCAAAGAGAGCAAACACAUUUCAAAACAUGCUUUUAAAAUACAAGUAGCCUUAACAUUUUCAUUUAGAGUUUUCAAGAACUGUUUUAGCUUAAUUUUGAUGAUAACUUAUGUAGCUUUUUCUGUGGAAAUAAAUUUUGUAUUUGAUUUUAUAAAGUACUAACUUUACCCUUUUAUACAGAAAUCUCAAGAAAACUUCUCUUCCAAAAUACCCA